AAAACUUUGAACCCCAGUAAUUAAAUCUCGCGCACGCCCCUUCAGGAGAAAAGAGGCCACGUCAAGCCACCUGCCGCCGAGCGGAGCGAAUUAUAACGGCAAAAAAGCGUAGGUGUGGUCGAAUCGAGGGCGUCCCAGGAUGCCGAUGAUAAAGCUACAGAGCUCGGACGGGGAGAUAUUCGAGGUGGACGUAGAAAUAGCCAAGGCAUCCAACACCAUCAAGACCAUGAUUGAGGAUCUCGGUAUGGAUGAGGACGAUGAGGAGCCGGUACCUCUCCCUAAUGUCAACGGAGCCAUCACGAAGAAAGUAAUAGACUGGGCAAUCCACCAUAAGGAUGAUCCCCCACCACCCGAAGAUGACGAAAACAAAGAGAAGAGGACAGACGACAUCGAGCCCUGGGAUCAGGAGUUUCUGAAAGUUGAUCAAGGCACUCUCUUUGAGCUCAUUCUGGCUGCAAACUAUCUGGAUAUCAAGGGAUUAUUAGAUGUUACUUGCAAGACUGUGGCCAACAUGAUCAAAGGUAAGAGUCCGGAGGAGAUCAGGAAGACAUUCAACAUAAAGAACGACUUCACACCAGAGGAAGAGGAGCAGGUACGUAAAUGUGCAAUGGACAGUGAUGUUGUCAUAAUAAUUAUUGUGUUUACAAAAUAACCAGAUUCGGAAAGAGAAUGAGUGGUGUGAGGAGAAGUAGACUGCCGGAGGAUGGGCUUGGUGUAAUCACGCAUACUCUUUUGCUGACGUGUAUAAGCCCCAGCGUUUUACUCCCUUCAUAAUGGUCAUUUACUAUACGCGCAUGCGCGCGAUGGCGAACACGUGAUAGCUACGUACGGCGCGCGCAAAGCUGAAUCGAGUGGC